AUGAUUUUGUAUUUUCUUUCAGAGAGGAAGAAGGCUCAAUUCAAGUCUGCAUGGAGGGAAAUACCAUUUAAUCCCAACUGGAGGAAAGAAGAGUUCAAGACGGUAAAUCUGACUCUGGAUGCAGCCACUGCCCAUCCUGCCCUCUUCCUGUCUGAAGAGGGGAAAAGAGUAACCUGGCAAGAACCAUGUCAGGAUCUUCCCAGCUGCUCAGAGAGAUUUGUCUCCCUUCCCUGUGUGCUUGGUCAGUUGCACAUCAGCUCAAGGAGAUACUUCUGGGAGGUGGAGGUUCAGAACACACAUUCCUGGGACCUGGGAGUUUGUAGGAAUAAUGUAGCAAGGGAUGGGAGGAUCACAAUGUCACCACAGAAUGGCUUCUGGGCCAUCAGUCUCUAUGACAGGGAGUACUGGGGCCUCACAUCCCCAGAAACUUCUCUUACUCUAAAAGAAAAACCCUGUAGGGUGGGAGUAUUCCUGGAUUAUGAGGCUGGAGAUGUAUCUUUCUAUAACAUGACAGAUGAAUCCCACAUAUUCACCUUUUCCAAACAAAAAUUUUAUGGUGUCCUAAGACCACUUUUUAGACUUUGGUCCUCUGACUCAGGCCCUCUGAUCACUGUACAGAUGGACUAG